AUGCGCCGCCUCCCGCCCGUCCCCCGCUCCGCCGCCGCCGCCGUCGCCUCCACAUCCACCCCGGACAUCGUCGCGGAGCUCGGCCGCGUCAUCUCCACGCGCCGCUGGAACAAGGGCCGCGCCUACAAGCGGCUGGCCCCCUCCGUGACGGCCGCGCACGUGGCCGACCUCUUCCGCGCCCCGGUGACCCCCCUCGACCCGGCCACCGCUCUGGCCUUCUUCGAGUGGGUCGCGCGCCGCCCCGGGUUCCGCCACACCGCCGCCUCCCACGCCGCGCUGCUCCAGCUCCUCGCCCGCCGCCGCGCGCCCGCCAACUACGACAAGCUCGUCGUCUCCAUGAUCAGCUGCUCCGGCACCGCAGAGGACAUGCGCGAGGCCGUCGACGCAAUUCAGGCAAUCCGUCGAGUGGGUGGUAAGCGACUCGUGCUGUCCCCAAAGUGCUACAACUUGGCGCUCAGAUCGUUGCUUCGAUUCGACAUGACGGAGUAUAUGGGGAAGUUGUACUCACACCUCGUGCAGGAGGGAUUGUUGCCAGACACAGUGACUUACAACACUAUGAUCAUGGCAUACUGCAAGAAGGGCAGUCUUGCCAUAGCACACCGGUAUUUCCGUCUGUUGAGGGAGUCUGGGAUGGAGAUGGAUACAUACACAUGUAAUGCAUUGUUGCUGGGGUACUGCCGAACAGGUGACUUGAGAAAGGCUUGCUGGCUACUUAUGAUGAUGCCGCUGAUGGGUUGCAGGAGGAACGAGUACUCCUACACCAUUCUGAUUCAGGGGCUCUGUGAAGCAUGGUGUGUAAGGGAGGCACUUGUGCUUCUGGUCAUGAUGGUACAAGAUGGGUGCUCCCUGAAUCUGCACACAUAUACACUCUUGAUCAAAGGUCUUUGUAAGGAGGGUAGGAUUCAUGAUGCCAGGAGGUUGCUUGAUGAAAUGCCUCUGAGAGGGGUGGUUCCAAGUGUUUGGACAUAUAAUGCAAUGACUGAUGGGUACUGUAAGUCAGGAAGGAUGAAGGAUGCAUUGGGGAUUAAGGCACUGAUGGAACGAAAUGGGUGUAAUCCAGAUGACUGGACAUACAACACUCUGAUUUAUGGCCUAUGCGGUGGGAAGCCUGACGAAGCUGAAGAAUUGAUGAAUGGCGCUAUUGCGAGGGGCUUCACGCCUACAGUUAUCACAUUCACUAACAUUAUUAAUGGGUAUUGCAAGGUUGAAAGGAUUGAUGAUGCACUCAGGGUAAAGAGUAGCAUGAUAUCAAGCAAUUGCAAACUUGAUUUACAGGCAUAUGGAGUGUUGAUCAAUGUCCUCAUCAAGAAGCAUAGAUUAAAAGAAACUAAAGAGACGCUGAACGAGAUGUUUGCAAAUGGUUUAGCUCCUAAUGUUGUCAUCUACACCUCUAUAAUUGAUGGGUAUUGCAAGGUUGGGAAGGUUGGUGCUGCACUAGAGGUCUUCAAAUUGAUGGAACAUGAAGGUUGCCGUCCAAAUGCCUGGACUUACAGUUCUUUGAUAUAUGGGUUAAUUCAGGAUCAAAAGCUUCAUAAGGCAAUGGCUUUAAUAACUAAAAUGCAAGAGGAUGGGAUAACUCCUGGUGUUAUCACUUAUACUACUCUGAUUCAAGGCCAGUGCAAAAAACAUGAAUUUGAUAAUGCUUUCAGGUUAUUUGAAAUGAUGGAGCAGAAUGGCGUGACACCUGAUGAGCAAGCAUACAAUGUCCUAACUGAUGCACUAUGCAAGUCUGGAAGAGCUGAAGAAGCUUAUUCAUUUCUUGUCAGGAAGGGAGUCGUCCUCACAAAGGUAAUAUAUACAUCCUUAGUUGAUGGUUUUAGCAAGGCAGGCAAUACUGACUUUGCUGCCGUCCUUAUAGAGAAGAUGGUCAAUGAGGGUUGUAAGGCAGAUUCGUACACAUAUAGUGUACUGUUGCAGGCUUUAUGUAAACAAAAGAAGUUGAAUGAAGCUUUGUCUAUACUGGAUCAGAUGACCCUAAGUGGAGUCAAGUGUAACAUUGUUGCUUAUACAAUAAUCAUCAGUGAAAUGAUCAAAGAAGGGAAGCAUGACCAUGCUAAGAGCUUGUUCAAUGAAAUGAUUUCAUCAGGACAUAAGCCUAGUGCAAUCACAUAUACUGUAUUCAUUAACUCGUACUGCAAGAUAGGUCGAAUAGAGGAGGCUGAGCAUCUAAUUGGGGAAAUGGAAAGAGAUGGUGUCGCACCUGAUGUGGUAACCUAUAAUGUAUUCAUUAAUGGUUGUGGGCAUAUGGGAUAUAUGGAUCGUGUAUUUUCUACUCUGAAGCGCAUGAUAGAUGCAUCAUGUGAGCCAAAUUACUGGACUUAUUGGCUUUUGCUCAAGCAUUUUCUAAACAUGAGUUUGGUUAAUGCUCAUUAUGUAGACACAUCUGGCAUGUGGAACUGGAUUGAGCUGGACACAGUUUGGCAGCUUCUUGAAAGGAUGGUGAAGCAUGGCUUAAAUCCUACAGCAGUGACAUACAGUUCUAUCAUUGCAGGAUUCUGCAAAGCAACACGUCUAGAAGAAGCGUGUGUGCUUCUUGAUCAUAUGUGUGGAAAAGAUAUAUCUCCCAAUGAAGAGAUAUACACAAUGCUUAUCAAGUGUUGUUGUGAUAUCAAGCUCUUUGAAAAGGCUGUGUCAUUUGUUUCCGACAUGAUAGAAUUUGGGUUUCAGCCUCAUCUCGAGUCCUACCACUAUCUUAUUAUAGGGCUCUGUGAUGAGGGGGACUAUGACCAGGCUAAAUCACUGUUCUGUGACUUACUAGGAAUGGACUAUAAUCAUAAUGAAGUUGCAUGGAAAAUUUUGAAUGAUGGUUUGCUCAAAGCUGGCCAUGUGGAUUUUUGUUCACAGUUGCUGUCUGCUAUGGAGAAUAGACAUUGUCGGAUUGACUCUGAGACAUAUUCAAUGGUGACUGAUAACAUUCAUGAGGCUUCUGGCAGUGUGGUUAAUGAACUCAGAGGAGAAACUGCCUGA